GCCCAAACACAGAGCGCGACGAUCGAUCUUGCUUGCAGAGCCUCCCCCCAUCCGAGAAGGAUUUGUGACUGCAGAGACGAACAGCAGUAGCUACCAAUGGCGCUAUCCUCUGGAGCUCGAGACAAGCUGAUAGAGAACCAGCCUUACGACGAGAGCGUGGAGGUGAGCGACGGAGAAGACAUCCCGUCCACCAAUCACACUCCCCAGGCUCCCCCUCUCUCUGACUUCCCCCAUCACCCUGCACAGUCUACUUAUCAUCCACAGCAGCCCCACCCCCCUAGCAGUGGGACGCCUCCUGCACCGCAGAUGCACGCCCCGGACAGCGAUGAACCUGCUCACUUUUACCCUCACUCUCCACCCCAACCCAGGCCUCCUGAUCCCCAGCAUAAAAUGGGUGAGUUAUCUACCCUUCGUUGGAAGGUUUUGAGGGUGCAAGUUGCUCAGGUACAUACUUAGUGCCUUCUCAGUUCUCCUCCCAUUGCGAACGCAGGCUAAGGUAGUAUUGAGUUCGAGCACAUAUUGACACUGUAGUGCAUCAAGUAGCUAUAAUAAACAGACACAUACGUUAUAGUGGUAACAAAGGAGGCCACUUUUGCAAUUGCACAAGUGUUUUCCAGAUGGCUCUCCAACCGUCUAAAUUUGUCCCCUUCAAACUUUCCCACAGAAUAUCCACUCAUCUCUGCUCGACUGUGUUGUGUUGUUUGUAGGUGGAGAGAGGAUGGGGGUCAGUGUACAGGGUGGGAUGAGGUAUGAGGAGGAGGAGAGUGAGGCAGAGGGCAGCGAGAGUGAAGAUAGUGUGUCCGAUGACAACCCACAGCAAAUACACACAGGGGUGUAUGACCCCAGGAACUAUGAUCAUCUGCGAGUUAGCGGGGAGCUGAAGAAGCUGUUUCAACACGUCACUCACUACACUCCACAGUCCAUUGAGCUGGAGACUCAACUGCGUCCGUUUAUCCCCGACUACAUCCCUGCUAUCGGGGACAUUGAUGCAUUUCUCAAGGUGUCUAGGCCAGAUGGGAAGACUGAGAGUGCUGGUCUGGUGGUGGCGGACGAGCCUCGGGCCAAGCAGUCUGACCCAACAGUCCUGGACCUCCAGCUGAGGACUCUCACCAAACAGACCACCGUCAAACCAGUAACUGUGAGAAGUAUUGGUGAUCCUGAGAAGGAGAGCAAGUCCCUGGACAACUGGAUCGAGAGCAUAGCAGAGAUCCACCGUCAGAAGCCUCCCACCACUGUCCACUACACAAAAAACAUGCCAGAUGUGGAGGACCUGAUGCAAGAGUGGCCAGCACAGUUUGAGGAAGCCUUGCAAGAGUUUGGGGUACCUAUAGCUGAACUGGACUGUGAUCUGGCGCAGUACACUGACAUCAUCUGUGCACUGCUGGACAUCCCAGUCCACAACAGUCGGAUACACUCACUACACAACCUAUUCUCACUUUACAUGGAAUUCAAAAACUCACAGCAUUUCAACCGUGAUGCUCCCACGGAUUCUGACGCAGCUCAACCUCCUACUGAUCAGCAGCCCACGACCUCUGACUAGCUAGCUAUAAGAAUACGUAUGACUCACACUCCCUGCACCCAAUAAAUCGUGAUGUGCUCUAAUUAGAACAUUUCUAAUAUCCAUGACAACGCGCUAACAAACUAUCUGGAUCUGCGCGAUCGCGGGAGCCAAUGGCCGAAUCCUCUAAAAAGGGAGUCCUUUACACCAAAACUACGUGGCAGACAAAGGGAUCGGAAAGUGAUCAGGUCGGCUGGCUGAGGACUGAGUGCGCCUACUCUCCAAAUACACUCAUCGGCAAUUGGAACGAGAAAAGAUUCGAUGUAUCGCUCCUCUCCCAGGCAAGACCACUUCCAUCGCAAUACAAUCACUAUUUCGAGAGCACGUAUACUCAGUCGUUUUCCAAGGAACCACAGAAAGUACCAGAAGCACUGAAAUUCAGCAGAGGGAAGAGGGAGAUUAGUGCUUUUCCAGCCCAUCAGCCAGUGCUGGAUCCUCCUCAAAUCAAACAGACAUACGACUCGUUUCUCACUAGCUCUAUGGCUGCCUAUGGUCGAGGAUCAAGAGAUGCAGCCAGGGACACCAGCAAGAGCUAGGCAACAUGACAACCUGACCGAUCAACAACAGAAAAAACAUUCUUUUAUGAUUGCAAAACGUUUUUUUAUUCUGGCUACUGAAAAGCCUUUUAACUACUUUGCUUUGGGAGAUUAUUUCAACAAACAAGAGUUCAUAAAAUGAAUGUAUAUUAUAGCAAUUCAUGAAGUUCUUCAAUGCCAACAAUCAUGCUACAGAGUGCUGCACAUGUGUAUAAUGUAGGUAUAUAGCUAGGCAGUCUUUCAGUUCCACUUUCUGGGAUCCCAGGAUAUUCAGCAGCUUUCUAAGUUCAGUCCUUUGUCAGUGUUGAUGUACAAGGAACAUGCUCUCUCGACUCAAGGAUUCUCAACAACUAUUCUCUCAGCUCAGCAUCUGCCAUUCAGUUAAAAUUAUUCCACUCAGCUUCAGUCACAAUCUAAGGGAGAAAAAAAGAAACAACUUUCUGUAGAUGUAUCUAGUGAUUCACCUAUGAUCCUCCUCUCUUGGACAUCAGGGCCGUG